CUUUGAUUUCAAAAUACUAAACAAUUAUGUAACUCUUUAUGUAAGUGGCGGCUCAUCUUGGGCCCCCUCUUUGGCUCCAGCAGGGGGGCACGAGAGGAAAACAGUCAAGAAUUGAGUGGCCAAGUGUUCACACUGUAUCAAGAUGCGAGUGUUCGUUGUGUCCCUUCUACUGCUUUUCCCACUUUCCAUGGGUCAAUUUUCCGAAUUCAACGAUUUGGAACAUGAUGAUGUACAAAAGGCAGCUGCUGUCGAGGAUUUGCUUCCGCCCCAUUUAAAAAAUCCUUUUUACCAAGACCCUAGAAUAAGGGCCGCUUUGGCCAAAAAUUCGUGGUUUGGGCCUGGAGAACGGCCAGUGAAGCAAAGAGAUUCGCAUAAGAUUCCUCGGAGGGAAAUUUUCACGGUUUUGAAUCAUGCUGGAUUCUUAGCACAGCAGUAGUUUUAAUUUUUGUGUCAUUUUUACCUUGUUAAAUGUGUUGUUUUUCUGUAUUAAAUAAAAAAUAAGAAAAU